UCUUCUUUAAUUCUUUCAAUUGUUUCCUUUUCUAUCUUCCCUUUUCUUUCGCGUAGAAACUCACCAAUUCGCAAGUACGACAAAUUGGGUCCGAUGAUAGACACGGGCUCCAACGGCAGCGGCGGCCGUGUCAAACCCGAAGUUGUCAUUUCGACCCUCAAAGACGACGGUGAUUUUGAUCGCCUUCGUCGAAAAACCAUCCGUAAACUGAAGGACGAUGAAGAAUUGCGAAGCAAUAUUAUAUCAAUGGUUAAACAAUCAGCAGCACUAAGUCGUCCAGGGGUGGAGUCUAUGAAACCACGUCAGCUUUCUGAUGCAAUACACCAAGAAAUUGGGGACAAGCUGAUGAACCAAAUAUCUGAUGGUUUGUGGAAUAUAAUUAAAUCUGCUGAUGGCAUGCAGUCUGAAAUAAAAGAAACUGUACGGUCAGUAUAUGAUAAACUAUCAAAUCCUGGAGGCAAGGACAAUGGUGAGUCCUCUUCUCGAAAGGAUUCAUCACCAGGCAAUAAGCUAGAAUCUCGUGAUGCUGCAGGCGCUUUUGCGGCUAGUGAUACACUUUCAGAUGAAGACUUGAAUGAACCAAUAGGAUUUGCUCUGAGGCGGAAGAAGAAGAAAAACCAAAUGAACAAUGUUGAUAGGCCAAAUCGUCGUAAACGAAAAGCAAUAAAAGCAAAAGUGGGAGACAGCUGGCAGCUGGAUGAAUUAGAAGAGCCUGACAAUUUGGAUUACGAUGCUCCACCUGGAUUUUCUUCUGUGCUCGAGCAUAAGCAUUCAGGAGAUGCUAGCUAUGAAGAUCCUGAUGUGCCUCCUGGAUUUGGAUGAGUAAACAUGCAGCUCUAUGUUUCAGCACUAUUUUAUGACGCUUUUUGACAUGGGGAAUGAUUCAAAUCUGUGAUGCAGCAUCCAGUUAGAGGCUAGGUUUUGGGUGUUGGAAGCUGGAAAUGCGUCAGAAUAGCAGGCAGAAGAAACACCCGGUCGGCGAUUCUGAGCUUCUAAAACGCCCGGUCGGGCGUUACGCAUGAGGAUUCCAGAAAGUUCGCCCGGUCGGGCGAUUAUUGACGACACAAAACGCCCGGUCGGGCGUUUCCCCACGAUACCUCCAGAAGCCGUUCGCCCGGUCGGGCGAUUAUCCCUUCUAAUUUCGCCCGGUCGGGCGUUUGGUGGUUCAACUGCAUUUCAGCAGUUUUCUCGGCAGUUUUGCUGGGGAAAUAAAAGAGCAAGGAAACGGACAGAGAGGGAGAGACAGAGAAAAAGACAGAAGGAGAGAAAAGGAGGAGAGGAAGAAGAGAAGGAAGACAUUCCGGCCAUUAUUCCGACCAUCCAUUCCCGAAUCCCAACUCCACUCGACGAGAGCAUCACACCUAUGGUUUUAUUUCUACAUUCUACCAUGUGUAUAGGCUAGGCUCUCUUUGUUGCUCCGAGUUGUAAUCUAGGCUUGUAUGAAUGUUUUCACACCAUCGAAUCAUGUGUUUUGGUACCAACAAUGUUUGCUUUAAUUAAAAUGCUACGUUUUUGGCUAA